AUGGAGGAAGACGUUGUAUGUUUAAAUUAUUAUAAUUUUAAAUUAUUAAGUUCACAUUUUCCUGAGUAUAAAAAAUUUAUGGAAGGAGAUGUAAUAGAAAAUUAUGCUACACACAAUUCUAUUUCUAAUGAAAUUAAAAAUAAAAGGCAAAAUUUGAAGUAUUUCAAGGUUAUAGAAAAUAUAUGCGAUAAAUUAGUGGCAUAUUUAUUUAAAAUACAUGACGAACUUGGUAAUGCAUCAAGAAUAAAAGAAGGAUUAAUAUACUUGUAUUAUUGGAUGUACAAAAAUUACCAAAAAACAGGAAAGGAUAGUAACUAUAUAAAAGAAAUUUAUAAUGAAUUAAUCAAGGAAUAUUAUGAAACUGGUAUUGGUAAAUUGUUUAAACCAACACCUGAUAUAAAUAUCUUCGAUGAAUUAUGGAUAAAACCCGAAGAUAUAUCUGAUUGGUUUACUAAGUUUAAAGAUAUAGAAAAAUGUACCCUAAUGUCUUUAAGUGAAGAACAUACGUGCAAAUGUGUUCACGAAUGCUAUAGGACAUACAUAGAAAAAAUAAAUACAUGUAAAAACUAUGUUAAACCUAAUUCAUGUAAUAUAUUAGAAAACAUAAGAACAUUAUAUAGUAACAUAAAUAAAAUAAUAGAUAAGUGUAUCAAUGUUAAUUGCAAAAAGUCACCUAUUAACAAUGAAUUCAACUCAUUAUCACCUCCUCCUAGAACCAAUAUGGCAGCUCUUAUUAUAAUUCCAACUCUUAUAAUACUAAUAAUACCUCUUUUAUCAUCCAUUCUAUAUAAGUUUAUCCCAUAUAAUUCGUGCUUGCGAUACGGAAUAAAAAAGAUAAUAAAUAUGUGGAAUAAUGCGAAAAAUGUAUGGAUAUUUAUGGAAACAUCUGAAAAAUUCAAUAAUAUUUCAUGGAAUACAAAGUAUAAUGUACUAUAUAAUUCUAUCUCUUCUUAA